UAAUGUCUCUAUAAAGAUGGCCGCUCUCACUUUUCGCCUGUUCCCCUCCUCCCGGAGUUAGAUGCGGCAGUGCUCUCAGAAGUGUGCCGUGCCGCAGCGCAUUCUGGGUGCCUCUUCCUGCCGUGACGCUGCAGAUAGACGCUGCAGAUAGAGUCUAGUGCUGCCUGCGUGGUGCUCUCUGUUCCAUCAUCCGAUGAGAAUGGUGGGCGUGAAGCUGAUCGUCAACGACACCGACUUUCAGCCCGAGCUGAGUGCGGUCGGGUCUCGGUUGGCCGUGGUGAAAUUCACCAUGCGGGGAUGUGGCCCUUGUUUAAGGAUAGCCCCAGCUUUCAAUGCUCUGAGUAACAAAUAUCUUCAGGCAAUGUUUUUGGAAGUGGAUGUGCAUCAGUGCCAGGGAACAGCUGCUACCAAUAAUAUAUCAGCAACACCAACAUUUCUGUUUUUUCGCAACAAAGUACGAAUCGACCAAUAUCAAGGAGCAGAUGUUCUAGGGUUAGAAGAAAAAAUUAAGCAGCACCUGGAGAAUGAUCCUGGAAACAACGAAGAUACAGAUAUCCCCAAAGGAUAUAUGGAUUUAAUGCCAUUUAUCAAUAAAGCUGGCUGUGAAUGUCUUAAUGAAAGUGAUGAGCAUGGAUUUGAUAAUUGUUUACGUAAAGAUUCUACCUACUUGGAAUCAGAUUGUGAUGAGCAGCUGCUUAUUACUGUUGCUUUUAGUCAACCAGUCAAGCUUUAUUCUAUGAAACUUCAGGGGCCAGAUAAUGGGCAAGGUCCAAAGUACGUAAAAAUCUUUAUCAACCUUCCUCGAUCUAUGGAUUUUGAAGAAGCAGAAACAAGUGAACCAACUCAAGCCCUGGAGCUAACACCAGAUGAUAUUAAAGAAGAUGGCAUUGUCCAGCUUCGCUAUGUUAAAUUUCAGAACGUUAACUGUGUAACUUUGUUUGUCCAGUCCAAUCACGGUGAUGAAGAGGCAACAAGAAUUACAUACUUGACGUUUAUUGGAACUCCAGUCCAAGCAACAAAUAUGAAUGACUUCAAGCGAUAAAUGAGGAAUCCAACACCUUGUUAUGGUAUGACUUUAGGCCCGCAAACACUGAACAGUAAAGCAUUCUCAUUUCUUUUUUGAGAAUGUGAAAUGGGUUUAAAGGUAUUGAAACUUUCUGAAAGAAAGCUGUAAGUAGCUUUAAAAUUUAGUAUCUUCUAAAAAUAAACUGCUUUAAAGCUUACCCUGGUUUACAAAGACAGAGUGCUGUAACACCAUCGCCUCCAAACUGAGCAGCCCAAGCAACCACUGACAUUGAAAGACUGCAGAAUUUAUUACGCAAGCCACCUAUAACUUCAGAAGGCUAAAAAUGCUAACAGCUACCGCACGUCAUGUACUUGGAAUUUUUAAUGUUAAAACUCAAUCUUAACUUCUACAUUUAAAAUGUAAUAAUGAAUAAAAGAAAAGUUUAGCAAGGUUUUGCUGCCUUUUACUGAAUAGAGGAAGUCAUUGAAAAAGAGGCUCUAAUCUACUAAAAUUAACUGGAUAUCAAUUUUAGAUGUUUCCAAUGGCACACCUCUGUUUUACUCGAAACUAGAAAUAGGUUAAUUCAUUUAAAACCCGAUUAGAUGUUUUUGUUUGUUUGUUUUGUACAGCUCUUUUUGCAAGUACUUGAGAUAGCAGGACAGUACCCUGCAGUGAGUUGUGCCAUUGCUAUUUAACAUCCCAUGCUUAAUCUGCAUUACUUCUCUGCUAUUUUUGGGAAGAAAAUGACACUCUUAUGCUGAUAGUUUCAAUAUUUGAUCUGUCUCCGUUCCUAUUCUCUGUCCACUUUGUAAAUGUUUUA